AUGAAGACUUUGAUUUGCCACGUAACUAAGUCGGUCUUUGUAUUGAUGUUGCAGGUGAAACUGGUGGUAGUAGGUGAUGGUGGAGUAGGUAAGAGUGCGAUCACCAUCCAGUUCUUCCAGAAGUUGUUUGUGACAGAUUAUGAUCCUACUAUUGAGGACUCUUACAUACAGCAUACAGAAGUGGAUGGUCAGUGGUGCAUUCUUGAUGUACUGGAUACAGCUGGACAGGAAGAGUUCAGUGCGAUGCGCGAGCAGUACAUGCGGAAGGGCGACGGCUUCCUCAUCGUGUUCUCAGUGACGGACAAGCAGAGCUUCGAGAACAUUCGUCACUUCCACACCCAGAUCCUCAGGGUUAAGGACAGAGACUCGUACCCGAUGGUGGUGGUGGGCAACAAGGUGGACCUGGUGCACGCGCGCGUGGUGCCGCCGGCCGCCGCGCGCCUGGCCGCCCGCGCGCUGCACGCCCCCUACCUGGAGACCAGCGCCAAGGAGCCGCCGCUCAACAUCGACGCCGCCUUCCACGAGCUGGUCCGGCUCAUCCGCAACCACCCGCAGCAGGAGGACAAGCAACGCCGCAGACACAAGUUCGGGAAGUGCUGCCUCCUCUGAACAGACCGACC